UUCCUGUCAGGGCGUGAAUAGAGUUGGACGUUAGAAAAAACCAGACGUCAGUUGCCCAUUGCCCGUCGACCGUUUACUUAUUUGUUGACAAGUCUGUUCAUUCUCGACGCCCACAUUUACCUUCAUUAAAAUGUCCGACAGCGCCAACGGGAAUAGCCAAGGAGACAUCCCCGAAAUCGAGCUCAUCAUCAAAGCCUCCACAAUAGACGGUCGCCGCAAAGGAGCUUGCUUGUUUUGCCAGGAAUAUUUCAUGGACUUGUAUUUACUGGCAGAACUUAAAACUAUCAGCUUAAAAGUAACAACGGUUGAUAUGCUGAAGCCCCCACCCGACUUCCGAACCAACUUUGAAGCCACACCACCACCAAUCUUGAUAGAUAACGGACUUGCUGUCCUUGAGAAUGAGAAGAUUGAACGACACAUCAUGAAAAAUGUUCCAGGCGGUCACAAUCUCUUUGUUCAAGAUAAAGACGUAGCUACCCGUAUUGAAAACGUUUACAGCAAAUUCAAGUUGAUGUUGCUGAAGAAAGAGGAAGCGUCGAAGAACGCCCUUUUGUCUCAAUUGAGUAAAAUUGAUGAGCAUUUGGGUAAGCGGGGGAACCGGUUCCUAACAGGAGACACUCUUUGUUGCUUUGAUUGUGAAUUAAUGCCUCGUUUGCAACAUAUUCGAGUAGCAGGAAAGUACUUUAUGGAGUUUGAUAUUCCAACGGACUUGGCUAAUUUGUGGCGCUACAUGCAUCACAUGUAUCAUUUGGAUGCGUUCACCCAGUCUUGUCCUGCCGACCAGGAUAUCAUCAACCACUACAAGCUGCAACAGGGAACGAAAAUGAAGAAACAUGAGGAAUUGGAGACACCGACUUACACUACGUCGAUCCCUGAUAACAUCCGGCCGUGAUUCUGAAAAUGACGCAAACGUUUAUGUUAGGCGAAACUAAACGAUGGAAACCCUAAAAAAAAGAGUAAAAAAUAUGUGUCUAUAACUUAAUCUCUUUCAUGGGACAAGUUAGAUAUGUAUACCAACCAGUGUUUUCAAAACUACCAGAUUUCACACUCUUCAUGUGCCUUUAUUUUCCUUAAUCUUUAUUUUUUGGGCCUUAAUGUAGUUCUUCAAAAAUAUUAGAUAAAACUCCGCUGGGAUCUUUAAUUCCAAAUACUUUUUUUUUCAUAUUUGUUUGGGUUCUUAUUUAUUUUCUUGUUUUUUUUUUCCGUUUCAUUCCUUCUGUAAGGUUGUUCUUCUGCUGAAAAGUCUCCAAAUGUGGUACAUGAUUGUGUAACAAAACAUUACAAUACGCACUAACAAAGUCACCAAUGCCUUUAUAAAAAAAAAAUACCACUUUCGCUGCGCUGAAAAGGAUAAAAGUGUUCAGUUUCGUUCUA